AAUUAAUAAGAAAAAUUAUAAAGAGCAAAAACUAUACUAUAUAAAAUCCAAUUUAAAAUGAAAAAAGAUUUAUAAUUCUUGCUAAUAUAUAUAUAUACAAUAUAAAAAAUAAUAAUAGAAAAGAAAAAGCAGUGAAAUAGCUAUUCAUCUAUAAUAAAAUAUAUAAUUUGUACUAUAAUUACGUUAUAUCGUAACAUAACUGCACUAGAACUGCAAUAUAGAUAAAUAGAAAAAAAGCAAAAAAAAAAUAAUAAAAUAAAGAGAAAAAAAAAACACAGAGAGAAAAAAAAUAAAAUAAGUAAAACUACAUAUUAUUAAAAAAUUGUACACUGUAAGAAAAACCAAAAAAAAAAAAAAAGAUUUUAAAAUAAAAAUUGUGUAAAAAUUUUUGACAAAAAAAAUAAAACAAGUAAAUAAUAUUUUUAACAAAAAAAAAAAAUAUUGUUUUGCCAAAAAUUAAUUUUUUUUUUUUUGUAAAUAUUAUUCUCCAACUAAUUACAUAAUAAUUCCCAAUGUGCAUCUAACAUUUACUUAAAAAAAUAAAAAAAAAAAAUUUGUAAAAAAGAAAAAUAUUUGUAGCAUUGUUUUCUGAUGUGCAAAACUUCAUACUAUACAUACAAGUAUACUAUUUUAUAUGCUAAGAGCAUACUAUUGUAAAUUAAAUAUUUUUAAUAAUAUUAUAUACUUUGUAAACCAUAAAAUAACUAUUUAUAAAAAAAUUUGAAGGAUUUAUAAAAAUAAGAACAAAAUAUAAUAAAGAACUAGAUCAAUGAGAUUAAUGUAUACGCACGCCAAUCAACAGAAAUUCAUCUUUAUCUAUUUAUAUAAUCGUGAAAUGUACAUCAUCAAUAAUAUUUUAGUAAUGUGCAUAACAUUAUUAUAAAUAUUUAUUAAAUAACGUCAUUCAAAAUAUGCUAUAUCAACUUAAAACUUGUCGAAAUUCAACUAUAAUCUGAUAAAUUUUUAGAUUUAUAAAAUAAUCUAAAAGAAAAGGAAGUUUUCAAACUAAACAUUUGUGCAUCCAUCAUUAAUGUGCACAAACUUUGUAUACGACAACAAAUUUGGCGAAAAAUCAAAAUUUUUCAUUAAUAUUCCGUCCACCAGAGGAAAUAUACGCAUAUAUUUUUAUUUAGUUUCAUUACUUCCUGUAAAUUAGCCCCGUAUAUAUUGAUGGCAAAAGAAGAACAGAAUAAAAAAGAAAUAGUUUUCCAUUAUUCAACUGUGUAAUUCAAAUUUUUAUAUACAUACAUACAUAUAUAAAAAUAACAAGAAAUUUUAAAUACAUAUAAAUUAUACAAUAUACAUAAUAAUAUAGCGGUAACUGUUUUUUGUGUUAAGUUUAUAAAAAAAAAAAUAAAAAAAAUUUGGCUGUGUUUAUUUUUUUCUUUUCUUUGUUUUUAAAGAACUAUGUAUGUAUAACAGUUUCCUAUUUUAAAUUAAAAAAAAAAGAAAUUUCAAAAAAUAAUUAAAAUUUAAAAAAAAAAAACUAAUUAAUUUAAAACUUAAAAUAUUUGCCGCAAGAGUGCUACAAAGUAUACAAAAAUAAAUAAAUGAAAGUGUUUUAAAAAUGGCGCAUUUUAAAUUUAAACUUUUUGAAUUCCGAAAUUUUAUAGUUUUACAAUAUAAAAGAUGAUUUUUUAUUAAAUAAAUAAGUAUAUAAAAAAUAAAAUUAAUGAUAUACUUAGCAACAGACAAAAGAAAAUUCAAAUCUUCUUUUUAUAUUUGUUGCAAAAAUUUAAAUAAAAUAAGAAAAACAAAAAAAAAUUACUAAAAUAAAAUCCAAUUAAAGCACAGAAGAGCAUCUGAAACAAACAAAAAAAAAUAAGUUUUAAAAUUAAAAUCCUUCAGAUUACAACUAAAAACUACAAUAGAAAAGAAAUAAAAAUAACAAAAACAUUAUUUAAAAAAUAAAACAACAUUAAAUAAAAUUAAUAAUAAUGACUGAAUCAACGCAACUACAAACAAAUGAAAAUAAUAAUACAUCAGUGGUUAAAAUGGAAGCACCACCACCACCAGUAUCACCAGCACCAUCUGAACAACAAUAUGCCUUAAAAUGGAAUGAUUUUCAAACAUCAAUAUUAUCAUCAUUUCGUCAUUUAAGGGAUGAAGAAGAUUUUGUUGAUGUAACAUUAGCCUGUGAUCAAAGAUCAUAUAGAGCUCACAAAGUUGUAUUAAGUGCUUGUAGCCCAUAUUUUAGGAAAUUGUUGAAAGCAAAUCCAUGUGAACAUCCGAUUGUUAUAUUGCGUGAUGUUAAAUCCGAAGAUGUUGAAAGUUUAUUAAGAUUCAUGUAUAAUGGUGAAGUUCAUGUUAAUCAAGAACAUUUAAGUGAUUUUCUUAAAACAGCCCAAUUAUUACAAGUACGUGGGUUAGCUGAUGUUAAUGGUUCACCGACAUCUAUGGGUCCGGUUUCAUCAAAUAUACCAGCUGCGAUAACAUCAACUUCAACAACAAAUACAUCAUAUACAAAUUCUAAUAAUAAUAUAAAUAAUAAUACAAACAAUAAUAAUAACAAUAAUAACAGUAAUAGCGGCAAUAAUAAUAAUAAUAACAGUAAUAAUAAUAAUAAUAUAAAUAAUAAUUUAUCAACAUCAUCAUCAUCAACAACAAUAACACCACAACCAAUAACAGCAAAUUCAUUAUUAUUAAAUGCAAGUCUUAAUACACCAUCAUCAUUAAAUAUAACAAAUACAAAUUCAAAUACGAGCACAAGUCAGUCAGCGUCAUCUCCGGCGAUAUCAAUUAAAACACCUUUAGCUUUAUCAAAUAGCGUGAGUACAACUGCAUUAUCAUCGUCUACAACACCAGCGAUACAAGAAUUAAAGGCGUCGCCGGUGAGACGGAUCAAAAAUGCAUGGGAUAUAGAUGAACGACAAAAUCAUUUAACACCACCACCACAGAAACGUAUUAAAAGUGCUGAUUUAUAUAGAGCACAACAUGGUAUAAGUCCAGAACGUUUUCUAGUUAGUAAUGAUUUACCGUUAGGUCAACAUCCAUUGCAUCGAGAAAGAGAUCGAACACGUGAUUCAAGUCGUGAUACAUCAAGAGAUCGUGACAGAAGUUUAGAACUAAGAGAUACACUAUUAGGACAAGCAUUAGAAAAUUCAGCACAACAAUUAGGAGUUAAUCAAAAACAUCCAGACCUCGCAUCAUUACAAGCACAAAGUACUGGUGAAGAUUCAAAUAGUAGCGAUACUGAACCAUCUGAUCGUGGUGAUGGUCAAUUAGAUGGUACAAUCGAUAGUGUUAAUGGUUCAUUAGAUAAUCGAUCUCAUUCGUUCCCAAGUGCAUUUUUAGGUUUACAAAAUAUUCCUGGUUUAUUAGCCGGGCCUUCCGGUAUGCAUAGUGAUAAUUUUGUAUCUCGUCGAUCCCUUGAAAUGCGAGUUCGUGCAACUGAUCCCCGUCCUUGUCCAAAAUGUGGAAAAAUUUAUCGAUCUGCACAUACACUACGUACCCACUUGGAAGAUAAACAUACAGUUUGUCCUGGAUAUCGAUGUGUUCUCUGUGGUACAGUAGCUAAAUCAAGAAACUCAUUGCAUUCUCAUAUGUCACGGCAACAUCGUGGUAUUUCUACGAAAGACCUUCCCGUUUUGCCAAUGCCGUCACCAUUUGAUCCAGACUUAGCAUCGCGUUUAUUAGCAAAAGCGGGUGUUAAAAUAUCAGCUGCUGAAUUACGAGCUAGAGCUUCACCCACAAGUGGUACACGACGCGGUGAUUCAAAAUUAGAUUUACGUGGCAUUGGUGAUGAAGACGAUGAUGAUGAUCCUGAAGAUUUAACAACCGAUUUCUUUUCAGGUUACGGUCAUCCAAAUACUACAAUUACUAGAAUUCGGCAUGAUGCUAUGACACCAAAAAGUAUGGAUUCAUUGUCAAAAGAUAUGCAUGGUACACCUUUACCACCAACGAGUGCAGCAACUGGUCAAUCACUUCUAGAUUACUUACAGUUUAUAACUGAAAAUACCUUUGGUAUGGGAAUGUCACAAGAACAUGCUGCAGCUGCUUUACAUGCAGCUAAAAUGGCACAAUUAAACGCAAUGGGCCAUGGUCUUGAUAAAUUACCACCGGGAUUAUUACCACCACAUUUAGAUUUAGCAAAAUUAACUCAACAAAAUAAUAAUGAUCUCUCAGCUCGUUUAGCACAAAUUGGAAAUGGUAGUUUAGGUGGAGGUUUAACAAUUGAACCAACAAGUCGUCGUUCUGAACACAACAGUGGCAAUGGAAAUAAUAAUGAUGAUCAACAAUCUUCAUCGCCACAUCGUCAAACUCAUGAAAUGAAUGGACCUGAUAUUGAUAGACGUGAUCCAUCUGAACCAAUGGAUUUAGGUUUAGAUAAUAUUAAUCAAUCGGGCAGUGGUGCUGGUAUUAAUUCAGAUAACUUAGGAUCUGAUGCAGAAGAUAAUUAUUCUGAAGAUGAAGGUGUUCACAAUACGUGAGUUUUAUAUGAUCACGUACUUAAUAAGAACUCCAAAUAAGUUACUUAAAUUUUAAUAAAAAAAAAUUUAUUUGAUAAGCACAAAAAUAUUAAAUAUAAAACAUACUUAAUGUAUAAAUUACUUAAGCAAAUAAAUUAAAUUUUUUUUUAAAUUCUAAGUAGAUGAUAAAAAAAUCACAAUUUAAAUUAAAUUAAAGUUUAAUAAAAACAAAUCAGAACAUUAACCGUAAAAUUGUAUUUAUCUAAAUAUUUCCGCGCAAUUUAAAAAUAAUUAAUAUACAGCUACUAUAUAUACAUAUAGUUAUACUAUUAUUAAUUAUUAAUAAUAUUUGAUAUUAUUUACAUUAAUAAUAAUAAUAUUAUUUAUAGUAAUAAUUAUUAUUAUUUACAUUGUGUUUAUUUCCUAUCAUUAACAAUAUUAUUAUAAUUUUUUCUUUUUAUUUUUAUUAUUAAAAAUAAUAAUUAUCAUUAUUUUUAUUAUUGAUAGUUUUAUAAAUAUUAUUGUUUUAUUUAAUCUGUAAUUAAAAUUAUCCCAUGUGUAAACAAGAAGCCUUAAUUUGUAUACUAGUUUAAAGAUAUAAAGUAAAACUAUGAAUUUUUAUGAAAUACAACAACUAAUUUAAGCGAGAAACU